UGACGAGGGCUGUGACCUCGAAUAAAAAAGGAUUCGAAGUUCAUUGAUAUAGCUAGCUGUGAGCGAUGGCGUCUCUGUUGAAGAACGUGUUGAAGUCCGUCAGGGAGAAGGGCAUCGGAAACUUCUUCAGAGAACUCAGGGAAGAAGGAUACUUGAAACUAGUGGACGGGAACUUAAUACAAACCAAGAUACAUAACAUAGGUGCAACACUGGUUGGGAUUGAUAAAUUUGGUAAUAAGUAUUAUGAGAAGCUCGGCGAGACACAAUAUGGUAGACACAGGUGGGUGGAUUAUGCUUCAAAAGACCGUUACAAUGCCUCACAAGUGCCCGCUGAAUGGCACGGUUGGCUUCACUAUAUAACUGAUCACACAGGAGAUGAGCUACUGUUGCUGAAGCCAAAAAGGUACGGUGCUGAGCAUAAAGAGAAUCUGUCUGGAGAAGGAGACGAGCACAUCUAUCAUUCAAAGGGGCACACUUUGAAUCCUGGUCAGAGAGACUGGACCAGAUACAGAAGUUGGGAACCCACGAAACCAUAAAAAAUGUCAUUUUCCAACUGAUCAUGUGUGCUGUGCUGCUGUCAAUUGAGAGUUGAGACAGAAUUUGUUGUUUCUUUUUUUCUUAGUAAUAUUAAUAAAUGAUUUUGGAUAACACUUCCAAAAAAAACUGCAGGGUUGAAUUGGACCCCAAUUAUGGGGGGACAUAUUCAUGCAUAUUAAGCAACUCAGAGUUUGUUAUGACCUUAAAUUUCUAUUGCAUUUAGUUAUUAAAUUUUCUCAGGUGUCUAACCUGAGUUUGUGA